CGGGAUUCCUGAGGAUUACCCGUCAUGCCCCGCGGGUAAAGAUGGCGACAGCUGAGCAGGGCAGCUGAUCAACUUUCUCCGCGGCUCUCUCUGCGUUUCUGCCGUCGGUCGGAGCGUCUCCUCCGGCUGCUUCUCCUCCCGCCGCCCCGCUCGGUUCUUCUCCUCGGCGGAGCUCUUCGCUCCUCCUCGGCCUCGGAUCGGUUCGGAGCCCCCCCUCCCUCGCUCCUCCCUCCUCCUCGCCCCAGCGGAGGAGCAGAGCGGAGCUCCGGAUAAACUUUCCUCUCCGCUCCGCUCCCCGGGACUGUUGGAGGAGAGACCCGGGGCCGAGCCGCGCUGCCCGGCCUCACAGGUAGGAGCUGCUCCGGUGAGGAGGCGGGACUUCUCACAGCUUGUGCAGCGCUCUGAUGUUUCAUGUCUGAGAUGAAUGAAAGUGAAGCAGCCUCUUCCCUCUGAUCAUGCUGACGAGGAGCUGCGGUCUGAUUAGGCUAAAAGCUUCACCUGACAGACGGCUGGCUGUCACCCGACACCGACCAUCCCGAGGCUGAGCCUGCAGACGACACUCAGGGGGAAGAGUUUCCACUGGGCUGCUGGGUCGGACUGUGUUUCUCCUGGCUGUUGCUCAUUUAAAGGGUUGUCGGAGGCCUGAGGCUCACAUGCACAGAGGACGAGGAAGAGGAGGAAGAGGACUGAGAGUGUGAGGACGACCACAGCAGAGAGGAUGAAGACCAGUUUUCUGUGCUGACGUACAAGGUGUUUCUGUGGAUGACGUCACAUCUGGAGCAGCUCACACUUCAGGACUGACACCGCGACAGACAGGAAGUGAGGAAGGAAGGAAUUAGGUCAAGGAUGACGAGCACGGCCCCGGCCAGAAAGCCGUACCGUAAGGCUCCGCCGCAGCACCGUGAAACACGCCAUGCCGUGCCUGUUGCUCCGCCCCCGCCGGCACCACAGCACGACAUCAAUCAGGAGGCGUUAUCAGACUCUGACAGGAUCAGAAUCCUCCAGCAGCAGAAUGAGGACCUGCAGCGCCGCCUCUCUCACUCCACCCACAAGAUGGAGGCCAUGGAGGCGGAGUUUGACGGCAACCGUCACUACAUGGAGGCGGAGCUCAGCCGCACCAGAGACGACCUGGACAAGAUGAGGGACAAGUUCCGCAGACUCCAGAACAGCUACACAGCGUCUCAGAGAGCCAAUCAGGAUCUGGAGGAGAAGCUUCACGCUCUGUUACGGAAGGUGGAGAGGGACAAAAAGACGAUGGACCAGGAGAUCGUGGAGCUCACCAACAAACUGCUGGACGCCAAGAACACCAUCGACCGUCUGGAGGAGCUCAACGAGCGGUACAGACAGGACUGUAACCUCGCUGUCCAGCUGCUCAAAUGUAACAAGUCACAUUUCAGGAACCACAAGUUUGCUGAUCUACCCUAUGAACUGCAGGACAUGCUGAAUAAACACAUGAAGACCAGCCUGCCUGAGCGAGGCCCCGCCCCCGGCUCUCAGGACCCAGACACGCUCAGUCUGACUCCAGCUGACGUCGUGCCGACUUCAGUCAUCGCCCGUGUCCUGGAGAAACCGGAGCCGCUGGUCCUGAACUCCGCCCAGUCCAGCAGCUGCGGCCGGCCCGUUGCCGAGGAUGUGUUCGUGCACGUUGACAUGACGGGCCCCGCGGGGGCCGAGGUCCGUGGCCGGGAGAACGGUGGCGGUCAGGAGGCGGCGCAGCAGAAUGGCUCCUGCCGCAGUCAGAGCAGUCUGGACGGGCAGUCGGGCGGCGAGGAGGGGGGCGGGGCUCCAUCCUUCGAGAAGCUGAACCCGUACCCUGCGCCGCCGCCCCCCCACCCGCUGUAUCCAGGACGCAAGGUCAUCGAGUUCUCGUCAGACGACAAAGUGAAGAUCCCCAAAAACUCCCCACUGCCCAACUGCACCUACGCCACGCGGCAGGCCAUCUCCCUCAGCCUCGUCCAGAACGACGAUGAGCGGCUCGCCCCUGGAAGCCCCGCCCCCUCCUCCUCUUCUGGCGGGGGGGUCAACCAACGCACUCCACCAUCACAGCGGGAUGCCGCCAGUGAGCCGCUGUCCAGCCAAUCCAGCCCUUUCAGCAGCCCACCGCAGGCCCCCAGCGUCCUGGCGAGCUCGGGCAGCUCGGAGGAGGACCUUCUGGCCAACUGGCAGCGGAUGUUUGUGGAGAAGAUGGCGCCAUCAAGCGACGGCUCAGUGGUCCAUCGCACAUCGUUCAGCAGUCAGACGGCCCAGGACCUGCAGAGGAGGAGGCCCACGCCUGGGGGCGGGGCUUCCUCCUCAUCUGACCGCCACAGAGCGGCAUACUCGGACGGCGAGGAGGGCUCGUCGGCUCGCAGCUGGACGCCGAGCCGUGGCUCCAGCCUCGACACCGACACCGACACUGAGGCGAGGCCGGGCCGGAGGGGGCGCUACGGCGAUGGAGACGGCUCCACGGAGGAGGGCGAGAGGCUGCUGAUGCACCUGGAGGACGACGGCGGCAGUGGGGACACGGCCGUUACCAUGGCAACCAGCCCUGUCGACGCCCGCAGGCAGGAGCUGGAGCAGGAGGAGGAGGAGGAGGAGGAGAGCUCAGCCGAGGAGAGAGACGUCCUCCCCCACGACCUGCCAGUCAUCUCGCCCCGCCUGCUGGACUUCGACCCCGCCCUCGGGCCGCAACGGCCCCAGAAGAGCCCGAAGAGGAUGGGCGUGCACCACCUGCACCGCAAAGACAGCCUGACUCGAGCCCAGGAGCAAGGCACGCUGCUGGACUGACAGCCGAGCACGCCGCGCUCGCUCGCCCCACACUGUGCUCCCUCAGCUGCUCUGUUUCCACGGCAACUGAGCCGAGGUCACGCCCAUCAGGAUAUAGCCAUACGCUACCAUGUGCUGCCUGACCGCUGCGUGUGUGUGUGUGUGACCGAUCAGAUAUUGAUCAGCUGAUAAUCGUCUUCAGUAUCAGUGAAGCUGGUGAUCGCUGCUAUCAACAGUUUAUUUUCAACAGUAUUCUAAAGAUGAACAAACAUUUGUUUUUAUUUUUAUUGAUUUUUAUUCAAAUUAAUUAAAAUUCCCAGAAAAGUCACAGAAAAUACUUCCUGCUGCGUGGCCAAAAGUUUGUGGACAGGCUCAUCCAUUAACAAUAAAGUAUGAAACACCUUUAA